CCAACAAGAAAAGAGAAGGACAAGUAAAAAUCAAGUAAACACAAUGGCCGCCCAGCUCAUCAUGCCCUCCGUACCGGGUGCGCAGCAGCAGUCCCGGCACUUUCUGCCAAGCGCACGCCCUCAUGGCCACAGCCGCUCGCAGUCCUUCCAGCUUCCUCCAGGACCUCAGCUCUCGCCAAACAGCUCAAACGGCUUCCAUGAGCACGCCGUCUCGACACCGCCGUCGCCCAAGGCUCGCCACGCCACCCAUGUACGCCCCGUCUACAUGCCGGCUGCUCUGCGACCAAACGACGAGUUCCCGCAGCGGCCCUUGACCAAGUCAAGAUCUGGCGACUCGAGCUCCGACUCUGGAUCCGACGUGACGCUGCGCCGCUCAAAUACGGGCUUCAUGAGCCUCAGCGGCAUCGUCAGCCAGCGCCUGGGCCGACGAGCCAGCGAGAGCGGCAAGAGCAGCAGCAUCGACGGCGAGUGGAACCUCGAUCUCUUCCCCGACGUUACUGAGCCGCCAACGCGCAAGCACUGGAAGCCCGACACCGAAUCCACCAUCUGCGACGACCCGACGUGCAAACGCAACUUCAGCUAUUUUGUCCGGCGGCACCACUGCCGCAAAUGUGGCAACAUCUUCUGCGACUGGCACUCUAGCUAUGCGCUCCCGCUCGACCAGGACGCAAACUUCAACCCGCGCGCCGUCCCAUCACGCACGUGCAACCACUGCUUCGAGCAGUUCAAGACCUGGCACAGCCGCGAAAGCAGCCAAGUGUCCAGCCCAGCGUCCUCGGAUGCUCAUCGCACAGUCCCUUCCACACCAAUCGCCGCCCAGCCAGCGACACCGUUUGGCCUGCCCCAGGGCCCUGAGAUUCCAGCCAGCGUUCCCCGAGACUGGAACUGGAGCACCUUUUAAGAGAGAAACCUGGCGGCUGAGCCGCUGUAUCAAACCACACGGCCGAGGGGACUCCUCUUGGUGGGCAAGAUGUCCAUCAGGGAGCUGGCCAGUUUUCCUAUUACUUACCACACUCGUGUCGCCGCUAUGGCGGCAUCUGAUACCCAGAGCGAACACAUGAAGUUACGAGAAACUCAAAUGACGAUAGACCAUUAGACCAGAUUGAUGAUUUUUUUGAUUUUUUUUCUUUUUCUUUCUUGUUUUCAUUUCCAUGUCUCCUAUUUACAACACCCCAACCAAAUCUUCUUGACAACGGGGCAAACUCGAUCUAUCUACACGAGAAUCUCGUCGGACAUCUCAACCACACACCCCCUUUUUCAUCAUCUUUUCUUCUUUUUCUUGAAAUACUGCAUGGAAACAUUUUCAUCUCGGACAAAAACUCGCCGAGCAGAACGGAAUGAAUAAUUCAGAUUCAGAAACAGACAAGCUACUAGACUUUUGGGAAAGCAGGCGUUUUUUCUUAGCGGGAUACCCCCUUCUUGGCAGCUCCUUUUUCUCUUUUUUUUUCGUCUUUUUGGAUGAGGAAGGAGAGAGAGAAAGGGGUGCCUCGACAUUUUAUUAUCCUUAUUUUCUUUAUUAUUAUUAUUAUUAUUAUUAUUAUUAUUAUUUUGAUGUGCGGGAUUGUUUGGAAGGAGAUAAUACCCCCGAUGGCGGAGUAGCCGCUUGUUUUUGUGAGCCGAGGUUGCUUCUAUAGACAAAUAAUUGACUCUCUUUACACAU